AUGCCUCUGUUUCCUUCUAUUACUCCACCAGCAAAGCCUGUCCCUCAGGAGGUUCCAUUUGCAUGGAAGCAGUGGACGUGGAAGGACCAAACUCCUUCACAUAUAGAAAGCAACCCAGUUCCACGAGUCAGCAUGGGAUCCUUAAUCUCUCGUCCUCAGCUCAAUAUUGUUUCACCGGUGGCUCUGAGCCUCGGAAGUGACAAGCCACGUAGUGCUCCAAAGAAGUCGCAGCAGCCUCUGGCGAGCGAGGAACACUUGUCGGAGGGAGUUGAGUAUCACUCACACGGCGAUCUGGGAUUGUUUGCGAGCAACUUAGCAACUUAA